UAAUCCAUUUUCCUGCCCUUACCCAUCCAAGCUCAACAUUUCCCGCGCAGCAGUGAUGUCACAGCUUGUUGAUCCCCAUGUUGCUGUUCUCGCAUUCCCUCGCGGCACCCACGCUGCUCCACUCCUCGCCAUCAUCGACCGGCUAGCCUCGGCGUCCCCAAAGACCUUGUUUUCCUUCUUCGGCACUGCACAAUCCAACAACUCUAUCUUCUUCUCCACAUCCCAACCAACUCCACCGAACGUUAAAGCUUAUAACGUAGACGAUGGAGUACCCGAAGGCUAUGUUUUCGUGGGGAAGCCUCAGGAGGACAUCGAGUUGUUCAUGGAAGUUGCACCCCAGAAUUUGAGGAAGGCAAUGGAACUGGCAGUGGAAGAGAGUGGGAGGAAAGUGAGCUGCUUGGUUGCUGAUGCUUUCUUUUGGUUUGCCAAGCAGAUAGCGGUGGAGAAUGGUGUGCCUUGGGUAUCUUUUUGGACUGCAGGGGCUUGCUCCCUCUCUUCCCAUGUUUAUACUGAUUUAAUAAGGGAAAAAUUUGGUGUUGGAGGCAUCGUUGGGCGAGAAGAUGAAACCCUCAACUUCAUUCCUGGAAUGUCUAAAGUACGAAUCCGUGACUUGCCUGAAGGAAUUGUCCUUGGAAACUUGGAAUCAUUCUUCUCGCGCAUGCUGCAUCGAAUGGGCCAAGUUCUACCAGAGGCAACCGCAGUCUUCCUAAACUCUUGUGAAGAACUAGACCCUGAUAGGACAACUGAUUUGAAAUCCAAGUUCAAGCAAUACCUGAAUGUUGGACCGUUCAUCCUUGCAACACCACCACCAUCCGUUCCAGAUCCAUAUGGUUGCCUAACAUGGCUCGACAAGCAAAAACCUGCAACCGUGGUGUAUAUCAGCUUUGGAUCAGUUGUGACCCCACCUCCAAAUGAACUUGUUGCACUAGCAGAAGCAGUAGAGGCUAUCCAGGUUCCUUUUAUAUGGUCUCUUAGAGAUAAAUCAAAGGUACAUCUGCCCAAUGGGUUCCUAGAAAGGGCAAAUGGUAUGGUAGUUCCAUGGGCUCCCCAGAGAGACGUGCUAGCCCAUGGUGCUGUUGGGGUGUUCAUAACUCAUGGCGGUUGGAACUCACUAGUAGAGAGCAUAGCAGGUGGGGUGCCAAUGAUUUUCAGGCCGUUUUUUGGGGAUCACGGGGUGAAUGGAAGAAUGGUGGAGGAUGUAUGGGAGAUUGGUGUGAUUGUUGAGAGUGGGGUUUUGACGAAGAAUGGAAUAAUGAGGGGCUUGGAUCUAAUUUUGGCACAAGAAAAAGGGAAGAAAAUGAGAGAAAAUUUGAAGGAAGUUGUUGCACUUGCACAAAUAUCAGUUGGAGCAAACGGAAGCUCCACUAAAAAUUUCAAGAAAUUGUUGGAUUUGGUAUGUAGCCAAAAUCAUGCCUAGAUUUGAUUUUCGACCAUAUUUUUAGUUUUCGUUAGUGUGGAAUCAUGAGGUUUAUGUUUAAAUUAAUAAUGUCUUUCUUAUGUAUUAAAUAAAUGACAUAUUUCAGUUGCUAGUA